UGAGCACUCACUACUGUGUUACUGUGGUUCCCUGAAAAUUCUAAAUAACCCAGAAACAAAACUGGGGAAUGCAGGUGAGGUACAGUGGAAAAUAUUGAAGAAUCUGUUUAAUUUGAAGUGAUUUCAAAGAGAAAUUAAUUGGCUGACUCCUGUAAAAUUUAAAAGAAAUCCUAGUAAUCAUUUCUAAAUUAAAAAUAUAUGCAAUUUUAUGCAAAUGUGUGCCAUUUGGGCCUUAUGCACCUAGUGACAUGCCUUUUAACUUGAAGCUACUGAACCUGACAGGAUAAUCAAGCAUGGAGUAUAUUCUGUGCUCCACUUGAGCAUGGUCUGCCACAACAGUCUGGGAUUUUAAUUUUAACUAAGGCGCUCCUUUGCGAUGACCUCUUGCCCUAAAUAGUGUACCUGCAGCAGUCAGUGGGGCUUAACAGCAGUCAUGAGAAGACAGACACAGCAGGGGGUUCAGAAUGAAUGCCUUGGAUGCCAUGGAAAGGUACAUGAAGUGCAAGAAAGGUGUUUCAGAAAUGGAUCUUCGAGAGGGCCCUGUCGGAGGAGGUGGGAGUGCCUUGAGGAAGGAGGAGUGCAGCCGGAGCAAAGGAAAGGAAUUGAGAAUGAUUCCUACAGAAAGCAGGUUGUCAUUGAUGGAGAGACCUGUUUGUUAGACAUCUUGGACACAGCCGGCCAAGAAGAGUACAGUGCCAUGCGAGACCAGUACAUGCGCACAGGAGAGGGCUUCCUUUGUGUCUUCGCCAUUAACAACACCAAGUCCUUCGAAGACAUUCAUCAGUACAGGGAGCAGAUCAAAAGAGUGAAGGACUCUGACGAUGUGCCCAUGGUGUUGGUGGGGAACAAGUGUGACCUUCCAGCCCGAACUGUGGAAACGCGGCAAGCCCAGGAGCUGGCUCGGAGCUAUGGGAUUCCCUACAUAGAGACAUCUGCCAAAACUAGACAGGGGGUUGAAGAUGCCUUCUAUACUUUAGUGCGGGAGAUACGGCAGCAUAAAUUACGCAAAUUGAAUCCUCCAGAUGAAAGUGGCCCAGGCUGCAUGAAUUGUAAAUGUGUAAUAUCAUGACCAAGGAGCUGUCCUAAUCCCUGCCUUCUCUGUUCCCAGCUCACCAGACUGUGACUUGGAGGGGUUUCCACUAUGUGUAGCACGGCGAUGGAGGUGACAUGAAAGAAGAAUCAAAUGGAUUCAAAGAAGGGGACAGACAAGAUGGUGUCUGCAGGCCCCAAGAGCUCUGCAUGGACUGUCUCAAAACUUUACCAAGGCCUGCAAUGAACUCAUUUUAUUUUUUUAAAUAUCCCUUCCCUUCUCUUUUGCCUCCUCCCCAUCCCAGCAACUUGUACAAAGCCACAGAUUGAAUCACAGUAAAUUAUUAUAUGAUGGUCUUGA